GACAAGUAGGUCAACACACACUCUCCGUUCCGUAGCCUCAACCUGUGAUAGCUGGACAAAGUCUUGCAAGGGCUUUGUGUUUUCCAUAUGAUGAGUUUACAAGCAUAAAUAAUACAAUGGCAACAUUCAGCCACCGGCCAAAGCGUCGGAGGUCGGCCCUCGAAGUUGUCAGCGGAAAAAAAAUGCCUUGCGACAAUGGACGGCCUCCUACAUAGACAAAUUAAUGUGUUAGCACUGGAGGCGUCUGUUAGAGCACACUGAAGCGGCCUGAGUGCCGACAAAGAUGGACCCCGGAAAGGGUUUCAUAGACCCUGAGGAUGUCCUGGAGCUGGCCAAGGAAGCGGAGCAGGGCGGGCCACUUACCAUAACGGAGCGUGCCCAGGCCACGUACCAGGCGGGGCUCCAGCCCUUCUCGUUCGAUGUUCACGUUAAGCUGGGCAUGGAGCUGCUGGCGCUGCGGCGCCAGGAGGCUCUCAUGCAGCUGGAUGCGGAGGCCUUCGGGGAAAAACUGAAACGGAGAGCAGCCAUUCGCGAUAUGCUGAAACAGGUGGCGAAGGAGGACAGCUGGGUGCAGUACCCCGCUGCUGACCUUGCGCGCAUCACGCGCGCGCUCAACCGCGAGGACAUGCCCGAGGGCGAGGAGGACGACGUGUUUGAGGAGGAGCCGGAGGAGGACAAGGGCACCGGCAAGGACAAGGUGCACCCCUCGUAUGCCAAGUGGCUGGAGCGCAAGCGGCGCGGCGCAGUGCGGCGCGCGGCGUUCGGCGUGAGCGUGGAGCGCGACAUGAACCCCGUCAGCAAGUCGCUGGGGGGCAGCCCCUUGCCGGGUCAGGAGGACACUGGCGGGCCGCCGGUUGGCCGGCGCAACUCCAGCACCAGCGGGUCGACGACGUUCGGCAAGGCGCACCGCCUGGCCGGCUAUCUUGGGUCGCCGCAGCACACCCACCGCCGCAACUCCACCUCGGGGCCGUCCGGCCGCGGCGGGCGCUCUUCGGGCGGCUACGAGCCCGGCCAGCUGAACGGCGGCGGCGCAGUAGGGGUUGUGGAGUACGAGGCGUUUGCUGCGGGUGACGGCGCGGCCAGUGACACGGAAGAUGGCGAGGCAGGGGUCUCGGGCGGACGCAGCUCGCACUUUGCCGACAUUCAGGAGGCGGCGCAGGUCCUGGGCCUGAACUACAAGGACAACAACAGGCGGCGCGUGGUGCAGCUAGCCGGCGAGCCGUCCGGACCUGACAGCGGACCAGGCAGCAAGCGGAUGCUGAAGUCGACGCAGAGCGAGCUGCUAGCCGCGGCGUCGGAAGCGGCGUCAGAUGCGACAGGCCUGCGGCCGAGCGGCAUGCAGUCAGACUGGCGGGCCGCAGUUCGCAGCAAGAGCCACUCCAUGUUGGCGCCGCCGCCUGGGUUGCAGCUGUCCUCGGCGGGGUCGCCGACGGCGCCAGGGGAGAUGCCGGUGGGGCCCAAGGGCCCGCCAGUGCCGCCGGUGGCGCCGCAGCUUGCGCAGCUGGAGGCCGCGGUGGAGGCGGUGGCGUCGCUCAAGGAGGAGCAGCUGCAGACCUUCAUCACCGCAGUGCAGGUCGCGGCGAAGGCCGCGUCGGCAGCGGAGGCCGCCGCGGCGGCGGCGACCGCCGGCGCCCCGCCCGAGGAGCAGGCCGCUGCUGUGAAGGCCGCCGGCGCCGCCGCCAGCCGUGUGCUCAUGUACGAUGAGGCGGCCAUGUCGGUUGAGAAGUUGUUGGCGGAGUCAGCGGAGCGGUUGCAGCAGGCGCGCGCCAUCUACGAGCAGGCCCACGCGGCCAAGCUGUCCGCCAUCGCGGGGCAGUCCGAGUUGCAGCGGGAGCUGCAGCUGCUGCGGGAAUGGCUGGCGGGCGCGGAGCAGCAGCGCCUGGCCUUGGCCGCGGCCGCGCUGGCGGCGCAGCGGCAGCGGCUGGAGGCCGCCGCCGGCUCCGCCUCAUCGCCGGCUCUGUCGACGUUGCUGGAGCAGUGCAGCGGCGCAGCGGAGUCCCUGGGCGCGUUGGCUUCGGGCAUCGAGACGGCGACCGCGGAGGCGGAGGCGCAGCUGGCGGAGCGGCAGCGGCGGCGCGAGGCGCUGCGACUGAUUGAGGACGAGUGUGUGAAGCUGGCCACAGACAUGGAGCAGCGGGAGGAGACGGACCGGCUGGCGGCGCUGAUGAAGGCGGAGGCGGAGGCCGAGCGGGCCAUGGCAGAGGCCAAGAACGAGGAGGAGGCCAAGGCGCACGCGCUCAUGGCCGCACUCAUCAUGGGCGAGGAGGAGUGGGUGCUGGAGCACCAGGUCCGCGCCGCGGCGCUGCGGGCGGCCGAGCGCGACGAGCAGCGCAUGGCUGUGCUGCUGGCGGCGGAGCGGGAGAAGGCGACCAAGGCGGGGGCGGGCUUCGACAGCAGCCUGCUGGACGAGCUGAAGGAGCUGGAGGACGAGGCCAAGGCGGAGAUCGCGUACCGGCGGGAACGGCUGGAGGAGGCAGUUAAGGAGCUGGCGAUGUUCGCGGAGAUGCGGCGCCAAGCGACGGAGCGCCAGGCGCGAGAGGCCGCGGCGCGAGAGGCGGUGGAGGCGGAGGCUGCCAUGGCCGCCGCCGGCGUGGCCGCGUCGCGAGCAGAGGCGGACAUGGACCCAGCCAACAUCCAGCCGCCGCCGCCGCCACCCAUUGCGGUGGAGGAGUCAAUCGCGUCACGGCCUCCGUCGCCGCCGCCGCCGGAGCCCUCGCCGGAGGAGCUUCUGCAGGCGGCAGUAGCGGCCAUGCAGGACUGCUGCAGCCGUGCCACGGCGGCGCCGCACUCCGGCUCGCCGUCCAGUGACGCCGCGGAGGCUCCGCCGGCGCCCUCCGCUGGCGAUGCUCUGCCGCAGGAGGAUUCCGAACUGGAGAAAUACAGCAGGGCUGCGCAGCAGCGCCUGGCGGCGGCGCGUGCGGCGUUGGAAGCCGUCAUCAAGCUGCGUGAGGCGCAGAAGGGCACGUCAUCGGAGCUUGCGGGGAUGGCGGACGACGCGCGGCGGUAUGAGGCGGCGGCGGCGGCGGUGCGGGAGGAGAGGGAGCGGGUGGAGGCGGCAUUGGCGGCGGAGGGGGACGCCAAGAAGUCGGCGUGGCUGGCGGGUGUGCUGGAGGAGUGCAACCGGCUGUACGAUGUCAUGGUGACGGCAGGCGUGGCGGAGCCGGCGCCAUCGCGGGCGGAGCUUCUUGAGAAGGAGCGCGCAGCGGCGGAGGCGGCAGCCACCGUGGCGGCGGCGGCGGCGGAAGCGGCGGAGGCGGCGGAGGCGGAGGCCAGGGUGGCGGAGGCGGCAGCGGCAGCGGCGGAGGCCGAGGCCGCGCAGGCGCUGGCGGAGGCGGAGGCCGCGGCCGAGGCGCAGCGUGAGCAGGCUUUGGCGGCAGCGGCUGCGGCCGAUUCAGCGGCGUCCGCUGCAGCGGUCACGUCGAUGCCCAUCUCGCCAGCCCACACACCACGGAUGAUGAGUCCCCGGCCCCCGGGUGUGACGCCGCCAGCCAACGGGAGCCUUGCAGACGAGGCCAACUCUUCGCCCAAACUCCGCGCCGCUCGCACCGCAGCCACGAGUCUGUCGCCUCCGGCCUCUCAGGCGGCGCUGCUGCAGCCCGUGCGCGGGCCCGCGCGGCCCACUGCUCCGUCCAUGCCCACAACUGUGACGUUGGGCUUCGACCCGCACACGAACAGCGUCACGCACGAGUGGUCGCGUGCCGGCCACCCGCACACCCGCACGUCCGCGCCGCACCUCAACUACGGCGGCGGGCACCUGGCCGCCGCCGCCGCCACCGGCGGCUACACAAGCCCUGGACCGCGCGGCAGCGCUGCGGCAGGGCCGCACAGCAGGCUGGCUGCGCCAUACGCGCCGCCGCCUCAGCCUCAGCCUCAGCCACCUGUUCCGCCGCCAAUGCAUUCGUUCACGUACUCAGCGCCGGUGCCCGUUGGCGGGGCUAUGGCGAACGGCGGCGCGCACUCAGGCCCGAGCGGCAGCGGCGGACAGCACCCGUCGCAGCCGCAGCUGCACUUGCACCAUGCAGGCCUGGCGCCGCUGCAGCCGCCGCCCGUUGGUGGCAUGGGCGCAGGCGCCGGGCCACAGGAGACGGGAUCGUCGAUGGGCGGGGCGGGGCGCAGGUCGUUUGCCAUCAACGGCGCUCGGCCUCAAGGCCAGUCCAGCGAGCUGCUACCGCCCAUCUACUCGUCCACAAACAGCAACAGCAGCGGCGUUGCAGCCGCCGCCGCAUCGGCCAUUGCCGCUCAUGGGCACCCAGGCAGCUCCGGCGUUGGUUCUCCUGGACUGGCCCACCACCUACAACAACAGCAGCAGCAGUUUGCCCAGCAGCCGCCCAUGCGUCGGUCCGAGCCAGGCAUGUCCGGCCCCACACACGGCAAAGCCGCCGCCGGCGCAGCUGCCGGCGGGGCGCAACAGCCGGGCGCACCCGCCGGCCAGGCCGGGAUGCCGCCCCAGCACCAGGCCUUCCUGCAGCAGCAGCAACAGUCCUACCAGGCUGCACUGGCAGGGGCCCCUGCCAUCCUGCAACAUUACACCAACUCUCCAGACUCCGCCUCGCCCAACUUGGCCUCGCGCCUGGCCGGCGGACCGCACGCCGGAGCGCACCCAGCCGGUGUCGCCGUGCACAAUGUCUCGGGCGCGGGGCUGCCAGCGGACGCGCUGCAGAGCCACCUACGCAAGCAGGUCGGCGGCGGCGGCGGCAGCGGCCCCAACAGCACCGGCGGCGACGGCAGCAACAGUCCUGACGUCGGUACGAGCACGCCGCAGCGCGGCGGGCAGCUGCUGCUGCGCCCGGGCGGUGGGCUGCAGCCGCCGCAGGUGGGCAUCGUGGCGUUCGGUGACAGCACCUACACGCAGUGGGUGGCGGCGCAGGCGGAGGCCACGCCCAAAGCCCUAGAGGCGGCGCGGCAGGUUGACGAGGUGCUGUCACGACUGCCGCCUGAGCUGCACUCGGUGCUGCUCAACGCGGCGGAGCUACUCACUGGCGUAGGCUUGGACCAGGCCAGCAUGGGGCUGCCACAGCAGCAGCAGGCGCAGGUACAGGCGCAGGCGCAGGUGCAGCAAGGGGGCAACAGCAGCUUAGGGGCUGCGCCCGACGGCGGGCUGCCACCUCACCUGCAGAGCCUGCCGCCAGUGGUCGCCAAGUACAUCAUGGGCCAACUGCAGCGCAUCUACAAUGGCAACGCCGGCACCAGCGGCGGCGCCGGCAAAUCGCCCAGCGGCGGCGCGGUGCCGCCGGCGCGUGCGACGGACCACCUGGGUAGCGGCGCUGCAGCUGCCUACGCGCCCGGUGUCGCCGGCGCCGGUGCCGACGGCGGGCCCCAGCCUCGCGGCUCCACCAGCGGCAUGGCUACCGUCAUGAUGCCCAGCGCCACUGCGGGGCUGGACUCCUCCUCCUAUGCAGCGCUUCAGCUGUUCAACCAGAUGCUGCCGGCGCUGACGCAGAGCGUGGCCACGGUGCGCAGCCGCCUCGGCGGUGGCUUCGGCGCGCCCGUGCCCUCCUCAGUCGUUUUUGAGCCGGUGCAGCGUUCGCCGGUGGGGCAGGGCGCCAUGCUUGGCUCCCAGCUCAAGGCGGGACGCAAGGUGCGGCCGCCCGGCGGCGCGGAGUACUAUGAAGGCGGUGGCAGUGGCGUGGGCGGUGCCGGCGGCGGCAGCGGGCUGUGCUCGCAGGCGUCGUCGCAGCUGGGCCAGGGCAGCGGGGUCCAGCAGCAGGCUGCGGGUGCUGCUGGCGCGCGGCGCAGCAGCCGCGGGCCGGCGGGUGGCGUUGGGGGCGGCGGCGGUGGUGGUGGCGGCGUGUCGCCGUUCAAGGGAGGUGCUGCUGAGCUGACCCAGUAUGACAUGCUGCGUCACCAGCAGGAGGCGUUGGGGGUGGACCGCUGGACGGUCCGCGGCGUGAAUGUGCAGGUGGCAGCUCGCAACUCGCAGCCGGCGGCACCUAGCUCGCAGCAGCGUCGCUCUGUUGACGGCGGCGCACCGCAGCAGGGUGGAAAGCUGGUCCGGGAGGGUUCCAAGGAGACAUUCCUACCUCCGCUGGGCAAGCAGCAUCAAGCAGUGCGGCACUGAGCUAUGGUGGUCGGGGACGGCACAACCAGCAGCUGUUGCAGCCGGAUACGCAUACAUGUAAAUACAAAGCAACCUCGACGUGCUUUGUUUGGACUGCUGGGAUGUAUAAGACUAUCUGGUCGGGAAUGGCUCAAGCCGCCGUGUAGGCGUGCUGCUGGGGUGUAGUGUGCCCAAGUUUACGGCAUACCGUUUAACUGGCUAUGACUCUGACCAUAAACUGAGUUUCUCCCGUAUUCACCUUCGAGGCGCAGAAGUGGGAAACAGAGUGUUCGUGCAGGGUGCACUGAGCGGCUGCUGACGGUAUGUUGCAGGGUAUUGUGCGUUGACGGUAUGGGACCGGCGACGGACCGAUCAGGCAGGCAGGGUUGUGUCAGAUGGGUGGUGUGCACCGAGGCGGUAGCAUGGGUGAGGGGACUAGGGAAGCGCUCGCAAUAGCAUUUAGGGAGGCGUACUAUAACUUGUUGGGUCACUGAGGUGGCCGUGUGGCGGUGAGAUGCCAGGAAGCGAGGCCAUCCGUAGCUGUGCGCGUGCUUGGACUCAUGCCGUGACAUAGACGCGGUCACGUUGUAACGGAGAGCGUGAGCCGCCGUGCAUCGCUCUGCAUCGGAUUUCGUCCGUUUGAGCCUCGAGGGUCUGUGCAAGCCGCUUACGCACAAGCUUACACCCAGGCCCAGGACCUGGCCUACCGGCUGGAGGUGCGAAGGAUGCCGACCGGCCUCACGUGCGCAACCUGCUGGGCGGCGGGCCGCUGCUGGCGGACCUGCUGACGAGCUAGCAUGCACGGUGCCUUGGAAGGUGCCGUGGCGGCUGCGUAGGACGGCUCGCAGGUGGGCGGGCGAUCGGGAGUGGAUGGAUGGCCGCGCGAAGGGAAGUUACUCAUUGGCCGAGCCCAAACAAGCGUGACAGGUGUGGGUCGAUCGGGUGUUGAGGGUGUGUGCAGUUUCGUGCCGAACAUACCUCAUACUUAUUGCCUGGA